AUGAGCGGUGCGGCUCCCGGCCGGCCCCGCUGGGCGCGGGUGUCCCGUCUCGUUUCCUUCAGCGCGACCCACCGGCUCCACUGCAAAUCUCUGAGUAAUGAAGAAAAUUUGAAACUGUUUGGAAAAUGCAACAACCCAAAUGGUCAUGGGCACAAUUACAAAGUUGUGGUGACAGUACUUGGAGAGAUCGAUCCUGUUACAGGCAUGGUUAUGAAUUUGACUGACCUCAAAGGAUAUAUGGAGGAGGCAAUCAUGAAACCCCUUGAUCAUAAGAAUCUGGAUUUAGAUGUACCAUACUUUGCAGAUGUUGUAAGCACAACAGAAAAUGUAGCUGUGUAUAUCUGGGAAAACCUCCAGAAAUUUCUUCCUGUGGGGAGUCUUUAUAAAGUAAAAGUAUAUGAAACUGAUAAUAAUAUUGUAGUCUAUAAAGGAGAAUAG